CCCCGCCUCGCCGGUCUCCCUACGCGCCGCGCUAAGGUCACCGCCGUCACUCGGUGCAACCAACAGCUAACAACCAGCAGCCAUCAGCAGAAGAAGGCGGAGAAGAGACCCAGCGAGGAAGGUGCCACAAACAACCAGCUGAACCACCAACAUGUCUCUGUCUAACAAACUCACCCUGGAGAAGGUGGACGUCAAGGGGAAGCGCGUCAUCAUGAGAGUUGAUUUCAACGUUCCCAUGAAGGACAAGAAGAUCACAAACAACCAGAGGAUCAAGGCGGCUGUUCCCACCAUCCAACACUGUCUGGACCACGGGGCCAAGUCCGUCGUGCUGAUGAGCCACCUGGGACGUCCCGAUGGAAACUUUGUGCCUGAGAAAUACUCUCUGGAGCCCGUCGCUGCCGAGCUCAAGACCCUUCUGGGAAAGGACGUCACCUUCCUGAAGGACUGUGUGGGCGCGGAGGUGGAAGCCGCCUGCGCCAACCCUGCCCCUGGGUCCGUGCUCCUGCUGGAGAAUCUCCGCUUCCACGUCGCCGAAGAGGGAAAGGGCAAGGACGCCUCUGGAAACAAGACCAAGGCCUCGCAGGGGGAGAUUGAUUCCUUCAGGGCGUCUCUGUCCAAACUGGGAGACGUCUACAUCAAUGACGCUUUCGGCACAGCUCACAGAGCCCACAGCUCCAUGGUGGGAGUGAAUCUUCCUCAGAAGGCCGCUGGUUUCCUGAUGAAGAAGGAGCUUGAGUACUUUGCCAUGGCUCUGGAGAAACCUCAGAAGCCCUUCCUGGCCAUCCUCGGAGGAGCGAAGGUGAAAGAUAAGAUCCAGCUGAUCAACAACAUGUUGGAUAAGGUGGACGAGAUGAUCAUUGGCGGAGGCAUGGCCUUCACCUUCCUCAAAGUCCUCAACAACAUGGAGAUUGGUACCUCCCUGUACGACGAGGAGGGCGCGGCCAUCGUCAAAGACCUGAUGGCAAAAGCUGAGAAGAACGGCGUCAAGAUCACUCUGCCCGUCGACUUCAUCACCGCCGAGAAGUUUGACGAGAAAGCCGCCACUGGCACCGCCACCGUCGCUGCUGGUAUCCCCGCUGGCUGGAUGGGUUUGGACUGUGGACCAGAGAGCUCCAAGGCAAAUGCGGAGGCGGUGGGCAGGGCCAAGCAGAUUGUGUGGAACGGCCCAGUCGGUGUGUUUGAGUUUGACAACUUUGCCAAAGGGACGAAGAGCCUGAUGGACAAAGUGGUGGAGGUGACCAAAGCCGGGUGCAUCACAAUCAUUGGUGGGGGCGACACUGCCACCUGCUGUGCCAAGUGGAACACAGAGGACAAGGUCAGCCACGUGAGCACAGGAGGCGGAGCCAGUCUGGAGCUGCUGGAGGGUAAAGUCCUGCCUGGCGUGGACGCCCUCAGCAGUGCCUAAACUUCCCAUCAGCCCACUGGUGUGUAUGUGUGUGAUUGAGUGACUGUGUGUGAGGGGGCUAUCAACUCAACCAGACUCCUGUCUACUUCUGAAUCCUCUGCAUCCUGUUAAAAAACAACAAAGCUUUUUUUUCAUUUCCAUUGCCUCUAAUCCAUUGCUGCUCUUCAUAAGGAGUAGAGCCCUCGGCCUUAUUUUAACAUGCUGAUGAAUCUCUUCAAGUCACACUGUUGAUAACAGGCUGCCCUUUCGGGACUAAAACGGAUCAAAUGGUUUGUUACGGUGGAAGUAGUUCUUUUGCUCAGGUGAUAAAUUUUCCUGUUAAUCUGCUGAAAGGACGACUGAAACACAGCGAACACUCCCCAUGGUGUUAGCGUCACAUGGACCUGAGUUUAAACAGCCGGUGUCCGGGGUUCUGCUGUGUUUCUUUUUAAAUCUUGAGAGGAGUCGCCAGCAUUCACCUCUGAGGUACUUGAACACUGGCUCUUGUGUGUGUGUCUGCGUGCGAAUGUGGGUAUUGCUUUUCCAUUGCUGCCGUUGAACAUCACUGCAACACCCUCAACAAAGUGUAUACAUACACUAGAUAUAUAUGGAAACCGUUUAUGCGCGUGUGUACCUAGAUGUUAUAUUUUCUAACGUCAUCUCUGGUCACGUCUUCUCUGGCUGUUGGUUUCCGAGAAGCGUCAGACUGAGAUGUGGUGUCGUUCUCAACUUGUCAGUUCGGGUUAAUAAAACCGUCUCUGUGUAAAAAAAUAA